CUGCCAUAAAACCCCAACGAAGAAGAAGAAGAGAGACUAAAACAACUCGUGUGGAAACAGCAUAAAACAUUGUACACCACCGAAAUUUGUUGUUGAGUCGUCCAUUUUUGGAUGUAUUCAAUGAGGCGCCGACUAUAACUGGAGACUGAACUCUCACGUCAGACCACUGACAUUGUAACAGGGGUACGGGACCACUGAAUGAGUGAGUGAGGUGACACUGUGGCCCCAAAUGGCCAAGAACACGCUGUCUUCGCGCUUCAGAAAGGUGGACAUUGAUGAAUUCGACGAGAACAAAUUCGUGGACGAUCACGACGAGGCAGCCGAUCAGCUAGGACCCGAUGCUGCCGAGAUCGAUAACCUUAUCAGGCAAGGUGACAUGAUGUCAGCUCUUCACAUCGCUCUUAGGAACCCUCCAAUCAACAGCAAGAACCCAGCAUUAACGGAAAGAGCUCAGACUGUGGUAUUAAGGGUGCUGGCAUCCUUUAGGAGCAGUGAUAUCGAAUCAGCUGUUAAAUCUCUUGACAAGAAUGGAGUCGAUCUUCUCAUGAAGUACAUCUACAAAGGUUUUGAGAGGCCCACAGAAAAUAGCAGUGCUAUAUUGCUGCAGUGGCAUGAAAAGGCAUUUGCCAUUGGAGGUCUAGGCUCUAUUGUUCGAGUUUUGACUGCUAGGAAGACCGUAUGACUACUCGACCAGACUUGAAAACAAUGUUGCCAAGAGACACUAAGGACAUGAGGCUGGUUUGCUUAUCAGAAUGAAGAGAUCGGAUUUUAUGCUACUGUGUCUUGAUGAAGAAAAGAAAACCGUAAACUUUAGAGAAACACCAAAGCACUUGUUUCAGACUGUAAAAAAAAUGCUUGUGUAAAAUUGAAGUAGCUUUCACGUGCCAAUAUAUAAUAAAUUAUUGAUAUACUGGCAGCAAAAAGAUCUUAAUUAGACAUGGGUUUGUGUAAAAAAAAAUAAAUGAAAAAAUUAUCAAGACAAAAUAUACUGUGGAAGAUAAAACAAUCCCAGUAUACAUGCUCUUGAGUUACAUGGGUGAAAACAGGACUGCAUAAUUUAUGAUCAGGUGAGUGCAACCACAAGUGAGCUGGUCUAUAUGAGAUUUGCAGAGUUUUAGAUUUAAUGUAGAUUUAAUCAAUGUUUUAUUUUCAUAUUUUAUUUCACAUCUAUGGUCCCAUAAUUUUUUGUUUUUUGUGUGAAGAGAUUUAAUAAUGGAACCAAAGGGGUAGAGUUGGGAUGUUUGUAAAGUGCCUGCUACAAUCAAUUAAAUUGAU